AGGUGGUGUCUUCUGCUCCGCUCCUUGAGAGUCGAACCCAUCAAACGGGCACAUCCUUGGGGACCAGCUGCCAAAAUUGGGCCCUUCCCAGCUUUGGCAAGGUAGCAAAAGCGUGUCUGCAUGGGGGCAUCCACUUCCUGCCAGGCACUGAUGGCGUGUGUGGUCACCACUUGAAGAAAAUGGAGCAACCAGCUAAGCAGGAUGCUGCAAGCAAGGUGACAUCGAGUGAUAGCUUCCCACGUCGAUUUCGCCAUCAGAGAAGUGCCACUCGAGAGGGACGGAAAUUUCAGCUGUCCGGCUAUUCCAAUACCGGAUAUGGUCACCAUGGAGACUGUGCCCACGGUUCAAAGAUCCCUUCCAUCAGGAGGCAUCUAAAGCCUGUUUUGCAGUCACCCUCUCAUGAAUCGCUCACCUCACAAGUGCCAUUAACGUUGCAGAUUAAAGUAUCUGGCCAAAGGGAUGGUCUGGGUAUAAGCAUAGCUGGUGGGAAAGGUUCUCUGCCUUACAAAGAUCAAGAUGAGGGUAUUUUUAUUUCCAGAGUCACAAAAGGGGGGCCCUCGGAAAAAGCAGGGGUCCAUGUUGGAGACAGAUUGCUGGAGGUCAAUAGCCUCAGCAUGCAAGGAGCGACCCACCUGGAAGCCGUCAGAGCCCUGAGGAAUGCAGGGAGUCGCAUUCGAAUGAAAGUACUGCGUGAAGGAUCGCAGGUCAGCUGGUCAGACGAGACUCAGGACGCCAAAAAUCCUGUGACCCUGCGACCUUGCGGCUACGAUGAUGCCAUUGGCCAGAAGGCCAUGCAGAAGUCAGAAGACAAGGAAAACUGCUUGUCCAAGAAGAAGGGUGUGGUGUGCAACGGAAAUGGCAUUACUGAUUUGAAGAGGUCUCAGUUGGAGGCAGAGGAUUUGACCAAAAGAAAUGAUUCAGUGAAUGUGAAUAAACACACAAUAACAAUCCCGCGGAUCAUCCUCACACAUCCCUCUACGUCUGAUGAAGAUGUGGAGCUCUUGCCUACAGCUCCGAGCAAAGAGGCAUAUCGCGACACAGGCAUUCGCGAGAGUCAUGUCCCUUUGGAAUGUUUCGACAGUGCUUUUUAUCCACCCUGAAUGCAUCUAGACUUGAUACUGCCAAGGGAACUGUGGAAA